GCGUGUGGAGUCACGUCGAUAACCCGAGACUCCGUGCACUCGGCCACCGGUCAGUUAGCAACAUGACGCCGCCCUCGACGCACACCGUCCACGUCCUCACCAUCCUGCGUGGCUUUGACGAAGCCAUCUCCAGCAGGCUGCCGGGGACGAAGGUGGUCAACGUUCGCACCACCGACCUGGGUUUCGACGGAGAAAUUUUUAAAAAGAUGAGCAGAAGACUGACGGAUGAAGAACUGGACCUCGUCGCGGACGCAGAGAUACUGCUGACCCACUCGUCUACCUUCGUUCAGAUACUGAAACGCAAGAGUCCGGACUCCCUCACGAGGCUGCGGUGGGUGCACUGCAUGGCGGUGGGCGUCGACGAUUUGAUGGAAGCCUUGGGGUCUGAGCCGCCCUUCGUUGUGACCCGCAGCACCGAGGACGCCGCGCCGACCCUCAUGGCCGAGCACGUGGUGGGCCAGAUCCUGUGCCACGAGCGCGGCUGGCGCCCCAUCUACCUGAAGCAGCUGAGCAAGGACUGCCGCGGCUGGGGCCACUUCCAGGAGUACCGCGGCCUGGCGCAGCUGACGGUGGGCGUGAUGGGCGUCGGCAACAUGGGCCGCGCCACGGCCGGGGUGCUCAAGGGCUUCGGCUGCCGCGUGCUCGGCCUGGCCAGGGUGCCGCGCGGCGCCGCCGCGGCGGUGCCCGGCGUGGACCGGCUGUGGUACGGGCGGGAGGGCCUCCCCGCCUUCCUGCAGGAGUGUGACUACGUGGUCAACACGCUGCCCUCCACGCCCGCCACGCGCGGCCUGCUGGGUGGCGACGUGCUCAGCGGGGCCGCCAGGAGGCCGGUGCUGGUCAACGUGGGCCGCGGGGACGUCAUCAGCGAGGCAGACCUCCUGAGGGCGCUGGGGCAGGGCUGGCUCUCCGCCGCGCUGCUCGACUGCACGGAGAGGGAGCCGCCCGCCGAGGACAGCCCCCUCUGGACACACCCGCGGGUCGCCAUGACGCCUCACACGUCCACCGUCGCAAACAACGACUUCAAGCGCGAGUCCGUGGCCAAAGACUUCUGUGCCAACUUUGGUAAGUUCCUCGCCGGGCAGCCGCUCGCCGGGCAGGUGGACUGGCAGGCCGGCUACUGAGGUGCGGGCGCUGAGGGGGCAGAGCAGCCCUUCCCGGCACCUGGUUGUAACUCUUCACGUCUAUCUCUUUCUAAGCGUGUCUUAUCUGAUAAAGUUCAACGAAACACAGGAAGUUUCCGAUUCGCAUGCGUGUUUAUCAUUGCUGUGAUCGUACUCACUAAAUCAAACUUGGAAGUACUGUGAUGACCAACAGCUCUGUCCGUCCUUUGUAGUUCAGCUCCUUUGAUGAACAACAACGAUUUCGUAUCCAAAUUUCUCACAUCUUACACACUUUCCUAAGAGCAUUUCAAACCAUGAAAAAAAACAAAAAAAAAAAACGCAUAAAGUAAAACAGGCACACACAAAUCCCAAACCCUUGGAGUGUAAACCCUCUAUAGCCAACACCUUUGUUCAGGCAGCCACCAACACCGAGCCUCACGGCCAACACCGGUGCCGCGAACACUGCGGCAGCUCCCCUAACCGUGAUAAUGAAUGAUGCUGUGCCGGGCUGUAUAGCAAAUGUUGUGUAUGGUGUGAUGCUAGGCCGUCCUCUACUAGCGUAUGCUGUGCCGUGCUGUAUACAAUGUAAGCGGUGGUAUGAUACAGGAGGCAAAUAAAUGAUGGUUUACUUCA